UCAUUUACUAGGUGAGCACAGCAGAGAGCAGUCAGCCCGUCGUGUCUCUACCCGAGGCCGGAUGGUAAAAUCCAACCUCCAGCGGAUCCUGAACAGUCAUUGCUUUGCUCGCGAGAAAGAAGGAAAACCACAGUCUUUAACUACCAUGGCGGAUUUGAGUAACGGUAUCUGUGACAUGAUUGGGAACCUUUCCCUGCACUGUAGUAAUACCCGCAGCCCGGGGCCUCUGUGGUGCUCCGAUGCCCCUCUCCCACCCCUGAAGAUCCCAGGUGGGCGAGGGAAUGGCACACGGGAUCACACUCCUUCAGCUCGGCCACUCCACUCAGAUCGAAAGUUGACUGUAACGGAGGAGCCAGCAGGGAAUGGUCGCCCCGGCAUACUCCACUUCCAAAGUCGUCCCACCGUAACCAAGACAAUACAGUGGGAUGCUGUCCUGAGCAGCAGCGCACUCUACGUGGAGAUACCUCUUGACCCUCUUCCUGAAGGCAGCAAGGAGAGUUUUGCGGCUCUCCUGGAGUAUGCUGAAGAACAUCUGAAAGUUGUUAGCGUGUUUGUCUGCUUUUACAAGAACAGAGAUGAUCGUGCUAAACUGGUGCGUACGUUCAGUUUCCUGGGCUUUGAGAUUGUGAAACCGGGCCAUGCCCUCGUCCCACCUCGACCUGACGUAUUCUUCAUGGCCUACAAUUUUGACAGGGACUCCUCGGACGAGGAGUAGCCCUCUGGACAGCCCCUCCACCCCCUGCUUACUUCCCCGUUUCUUCCCAUUGUAUGUUUGUCUAUCCCGUCCCGGCUUACUCGUAUACACCACCGUCUGUGUUAAACCCUCAGCGGUAGCUCUCUGUAUGCAAGUAUUCAUCUCCCCCAUGCUUUUUGUGUUCAAGGGAAUAUGUAAGAUGUGCAUCUCCUGUUUUCAUCAGCUAUCUUUGUGUGUUUUAUUAUACUGUUCUCAUUGAAGAUUAAUCAGUGUUGUCACCUUUAAAGGAGGGAACCUUUUGUUUUUGGACUUACAAUCACAUUGCAGUUCCUAUAGCUAUAAGUUCAGUUCUGGUAUAAUUUCCAUUUCUUGUCAAGUCUGUUUAUCUCGAUAUUUCCUUUUUAUGAUAGACUAAGGUGGAGGAUUCUUCAUUUCUUGAAUGUACAAUAAAAAGGUCAUCAGGUUUACACUCGGGUACUCCAGCUUUCUUUUGAUUGGCAACACGACUUAAAAUUUCUCAUAUUUUCUAUCUCUCUGAAUUAAAUACAUACAUUUCAGUGGGACCAGUUUUAUUUUGUAGCACUAACAUCCUCUUAAAAGUAUUUGGAUUUUUGAAACAUUACUUUUGAGUGACGGCCCUAAUAAUUGGUACUUCUUGGCUGGAUAGUGAAUCUGUGUAGAGUAGAGUAAAGACAUGAAUGGUGAUACAUAUCCAACAAUUGGUACAACGCGAAAGGAAAGUGAAUAAUCCAAAGUGCUUUUGCUUCUUUCUGCCAUGUAUACCUGACUAUAUUGUAGUGUUUUGUUUGGGGAGUUAGAAAAAAUGCUGUGAUGUUAUGAUUGGAUUCGUUUCCUUUUUCUUUUGGGUUAGCAUUCCUUUUAACUUUUUUCUUUCAUGAUAGUGUUGAGUUUGUUGUUCACCUGCAUAGUGGUACCUGUCGUGCUUCUGUGAUAAUAAAACAAACAAAAACAA